ACGCUCUCUGGCUGCCACAUUUCCACCUGCAAAUUCUUGGCACUUUACACUUCUCUAUGUACGAAUCAAUCGCCUUAUAAAUUGCAGCACAGCAGCGAGCAAUGUUCGCUGGUGAAAACAAAGUUGCCCGCCGGCGAAUUAUAUUCCGUUGUUUACCCCCAAUAUUCCGGCAAAAAUGGAGCACCAAACCGACGUCGCUUUGUCCCUCUCAAAGCACUUCCUGCUGAAGGAAGCCAAGGAUUCCAACGCCGUGAUUUCCCCGGCGUCGAUCCACGCCCUCCUCAGCCUCAUCGCCGCCGGGUCAAACGGCCCCACUAAGGACCAGCUGCUGUCUUUCCUCAAGGCCAAGUCGAUGGAUAAUCUCAACGCCCUCUCAUCUGGGCUCGUCUCCCUUUUGGCUGACGGCGUCGGUGGCGGUCCGAGGCUGUCGUUUGUCAAUGGGGUUUGGGUGGACAGAUCGCUUUCUCUGAGGCAAUCUUUCAAACAGGUUGCGGGCAAUGUUUACAAGGCUGCUUCUCAUGAAGUCGAUUUCCAAAACAAGGCAGCUGAAGUGGCUACUGAAGUGAAUGAAUGGGCUGAGAAACAUACCAAUGGAAUUAUCAAGGAAGUCCUUCCCCCUGAUGAUGUUAACAGCAUGACGAGGCUCGUUUUGGGGAAUGCCCUCUACUUCAAAGGAGCUUGGGAUCAGAAAUUCGAUCCAUUACAUACCAACGACCAUGAUUUCCACCUCCUGAGUGGAAGCUCGGUGAGAGUCCCCUUCAUGACUACCAGGAACAAGCAAUAUGUUUCCCGGUCAGAUGGUUUCAAGAUCCUUUCCCUUCCUUACAAGCAAGGUGGUGAAGACGGCAGCAAAAGAGGGCUCUCGAUGCACAUCUUCCUUCCUGAUUCCAGAGAUGGACUAGCUUCACUGGUCGAGAGGGCGGGUACUGAACCUGGUUUCUUGAGUAUGCACCUUCCGAGGAGGAAGGUAGAAGUGGGCGAGUUCAGGCUUCCAAGGUUCAAGCUUUCCUUUGGAUUCGAGGCUUCCAGUACCUUGAAGGAACUGGGGUUGGUCCUGCCUUUCUCGAAUGAAGCAGAGCUGACAGAGAUGGUUGAGUCCUCUGCUGUUGUUGAGAGUAAGUUGAUGGUGUCGAGCAUAUUUCACAAGUCGUCCAUCGAAGUGAAUGAGGAAGGCACAGAAGCUGCAGCGGUUUCUAUUGCCGAAAUUGUUCUCUUGUGUUAUGUUGAGCCUGUGAAAUUUGUAGCUGAUCAUCCGUUCAUGUUCAUCAUCCAAGAACACCAGACUGGUACGGUGCUGUUCAGCGGCCAAAUCCUUGAUCCCUCACAGUAGAGAGCUUUCUGUGUAACUUGCAGUUGAGUUGAGUUUUUAGCACAUUGUUGAGUGGUGCUCGUUCUAAGUGGCGUGUAAUCGGUGAGUUCAGUUGAUGUAUUUUGUUGGUCGAUUGUAUCAAUUAAAUAUUAUUAAUAAAUACAGUUGGAUUAA